UAAAGAUGGCUAUAUUUUGAAAACUCAAUCAAUACAUAUUAGAUGGAAUAAAUCAUUUACUAUUUUAUUAACAGAAUGUUACUGAAAGUAUUAAAACCAAGUGUAUUCAUACAAUUUAAAGGAGCUUUAGAUAAAAUAUCAAUAACAAGUUUAUCAAUAUUUUCAACAACAGCUAAAAUGUCAUUUCAAGGAGAUAAAGAUAAAUUUUUAAAAAUGAAUCUAGAAGAUAAAAGAAAGCACUAUCAAACAUCAAAAGUAACAGCUUUAGAUGAAGUUUUAACAUGGCCAGAAUAUUUUGCGAAAAAUAAAAUAAAAGAUGAUACUAAUUUAGCUAAUAAAAUAUCAAUGUGGCAAGGUGACAUAACAUCUCUUGAAAUAGAUGCUAUUGUCAAUGCUGCUAACUCAAGUUUACUAGGAGGAGGUGGCGUUGAUGGAGCUAUUCAUCGAGCAGCUGGACCAAGUCUUAAAAAAGAAUGUGCUAGUCUUGGUGGAUGUAAUGUUGGUGAAGCAAAAAUAACUGGAGGCUACAAACUUCCAGCUAAAUAUGUAAUUCAUACAGUCGGCCCUCGUGGUGAAAAACCCGAAAUGUUAAAAAAAUGUUAUUUAAAUAGUUUAGAGCUUGCUAAAGAAAAUGGAGUAAAGACUAUAGCAUUUCCUUGUAUUUCUACUGGAGUUUAUGGGUAUCCUCAAAGACCAGCUGCUGAAGUAGCAAUUACAACUGUAAAACAGUUUUUGGAAGAAAAUAAAGAUCAGUUCGAAAGAGUCAUAUUUUGCCUAUUCCUACAGACUGAUAAGGAUAUUUAUGAAAAUUUGCUCCAAAAAUAUUUUCCCUUGGCUUAAGUUUGAGUGAGCUAAGCUGUAGGUGUGAUAUGUAGACUGGAUCAAUUUUUAUUCAAUUAUGAGAUACUCAUGACUAUUUUUGCUUCUUAAAUUUAUACAACAAUAAAGUCAUUUUCAAUUACUUUGAUAUCUAACAAUUAAUCUUUGUUAUGAAAAAAAAAAAUUAAAAAUAACUAAAUAAGCUCGAAUGAAGUCUAUAUUUUCCACCGUUGGUAAAUAAAGCACAAACGGAUAAAUUUGUAGUUUCAUGCAUAAACUAUAGUUGUGUAGUACAUUUGAUAAAUAAAAAUGUCAAAUAAAAAUUA